AAGUAUACCCGAUAAAGAUUUAGAAGAACUUUUAGUUUAUAUUUAGUACCACUCGCCCCAUAACCGUUUAGAGCUUGAAACAUAGCAUAUUUACAACUAUAACCAAAAUAUAUAGUGGAAGAAACAAAAUAUUUACUUCAUACACUUAUGAGUACUACCACACUUACAAAUGAAAAGACAACUCCAAGUAGUCCCACAGUCAAACUCUUGACCUUCAACACAUGGGGGUUGAAAUACAUUUCAAGACACAGAACCGAAAGAAUGCAAGCCAUUGCCAAUAAGUUGGCUAACCCUACUUCUCCGGAUGACGAUUAUGAUAUAGUUGCUUUGCAAGAAAUUUGGUGCGAAGACGACUGGGAAUGUAUCCAACAAGCUUGCAAAGACAGAUAUCCUUACCGUAGAGCAUUCAAAUCAGGAAUAGUGUCUGGUCCAGGUUUAGCAGUUUUAUCCAAAAUUCCAAUAGCAGAAACUUUUCUUUAUAGAUUCCCAAUUAAUGGCCGUCCUUCAGCAUUCUUCAGAGGUGAUUGGUUUGUUGGAAAAGGUGUUGCUGUCACCUUAUUUAAAUCUCAUGAUGGAAAGGCUUUACCUAUUGCCCUUUUGAACUCACACAUGCAUGCUCCUUAUGCUACCAAUGGUGAUGCUAGCUAUUCAACCCAUCGUGCUUGCCAAGCUUGGGAUUUCACUAAACUUGUUAAGAUGUUGAAACAAGCUAGAUAUGCCGUGAUUCAAGUUGGUGAUUUAAAUUCCAAACCAGGAUCAUUACCUUACAAAUUAUUUACUAUCGAAGGAGGCUUAUCGGAUUCUUGGAAUCUUGUCCACGAACAAAGGUACGAGGAUAACCUUAUAGAAUUAUCACCUCAUGAUCAAGUAUUGCAUGCUGGAAUAACUUGUAAUUCUAGAUUGAAUUCCUACAGACAAAAGUCUGAGCCAUGGCAAGCAUGCAGAUUGGAUUAUGCCUUGAUUGAUUCUAAUAACAUCACACCUAUCAAAGCCUCCGUGAAAUUUACUGAAAGAUUACCAGCACCUCUUGAUUGUUCAUAUUCCGAUCAUUUUGCAUACAGUACCGAAUUUACAAUUAAUAGUAAAGAUGAAUUUGCCCCUGCAUCUUAUGAAGAUCAACAAAUCACUCUUGAUGCCAAGGAACUGAUUUAUCGAGAAUUAUUAGCUGAGGUUAGCGAAUACCGUCAAUUUACCAUCCCAUUCCAAGCCACGUGGAGAAAAGUACAUUUUUUCCUUUCUUUAAUUAUAACAAUUGCAUUACACGUUGGUGUAUACUUUGUUUCCAGUGUAGCUGGUUGGAUACCAGUGAUUUUCCUCCUUGUUACGGUCGUGGUCAUUCUUAGUGGAACUAUUAAUGGGUUAAUUUGGUAUUGUGGUGUUAGACCAGAACUGAGAGCACUACAAGAAGUUCAAAUGGAGGUUGAAGAUGCGUACACUUGUCUCAAGCGUCAAUGAAGAAGGGAGACCUUUUAAUAUUUAUUUGUUUUAUGUUUUUUUUUGUUUGUUUUAUGACUUUUGCUUUUCAGCACAGGCUUUCAUGCCUUUAAUCACUAAUACUUAAUACUUAAUUAGAUUUAAUUUUAAUGAAUAAUACUAUUUUAACAACU